UCAUUCAUGGAGUACUGAAUUACAAAUACACAACUUGAUAUCGUUAUAGCGAUUUGUUUCAGGAUAUGGACACAUUGCUCCCGAAACUUUCUAUGGCCGCUUGUUCUGUAUUUUCUUUGGCCUGAUCGGGGUCCCACUCACCCUGCUCACUGUAGCUGAUCUUGGUAUGUUUAUCUCAAUGAUUAUGCGACAAGCAGUUGCCAAGAUAUCGUCUUUAUAUAAUCGAUUCAAAUGGAGGCCAUCGAAGGUGCAACUUCCUGAUUCUCCACCCUGCGACGGCACGCUCUCCACUGCUCGAGAUUUGAAGAGUUCAGAAACCGAAGACGACGAAGAAGAAGGAAUGUCCGAAGACCUUGGAUCGAGACGAACUGCUGAAGCUCUAGUACUGUCCGUGACGUUCGUAAGUUACUUGGUGCUCGGUGCUAAAGUACUGUCCGUCUAUGAACCAGAAAUGGACUUUUUCAAUGCAUUCUAUUUCAACUUCGUCACCCUCACGACCAUAGGUCUGGGAGAUUUUGUACCCAGAAGCUUUGAUUACCUCUAUGUCACUUUACUGUAUAUCGGAGUUGGUCUCGCCCUGACCACAAUGGUCAUCGAAAUGGCAGGUGAUCUGCUUCGAAAGCUUCAUUAUGUCGGCCGAAAAAUCGACAACAUGGCCAAUACUACAGUAUGGUUUGGAGGGAAGAGAAUGACGAUGAAGAACCUUAUAAAGAACCUGGGAGAUCAGUUCAAUGUGCCCGAAGAAGAGCUAGCGAAGUUCGAUCUCAAUCAGUUCGUCGAAAACGCUCUCAAAGUUGAAGCAGGAGAAAUAAAGACGUUGCGGGUACGUUGA